AUGGCGGUUUUUAGGUACAUUAUUUUAGUCGUCGCGAUAUCAUCAUAUUCUACAAGUAAUGGACAAAUAGCAAACUUCACAACCACAACUGCAACUACAACCAAAUCUACAACAUUAUCUUCUUCAACAACUACAACCACAUCAGAGCGACCUCAGGCAGACAUAGCAUCACCAUGUUCCUCUCACACACCAGGAGACGUGGACUUUCAGACAGUGGACCUGAUAGCCGUUUAUCGGCUAGACCAACGUGAUACUAAAGGCGUUACGUUGGUGCAAGGCUCUCAGGAUCUGCAAAGAGCUUAUAGAAUUGGGCUUGAUGUGAAUUUGACUUUGCCGUUGAAGGAGGUAUUUCCAGCAGGGUUGCCUCCUCACUUCACCGUGGUCGGUACGUUCAAUGCUCGUGGCCAGCGACGGCCGUGGAGUCUGGUCCGAGCUCGAUCUGAGUCCAGUCUGCAGUUCGCACUCACCAUGCUACCAGUCACCAAGAAGAUCGUCGUCUUCAUUGGAGGGUCUAGGGUCAUGUUUAACAGUUGGGAAAUUUUCACUCCAGGUUGGCAUAAGAUCCACGCUUCUAUCACCAACAACACUGUACACGUAGCAGUCGACUGUGUUGAGUUAAUGCCUGAGAAGAUAACAACUGGUGACUUCACAAACGCUACUUCAGUGACCAUCGUUUCGAAUGACGACGGGUCAUCUGCACCUAUAGACCUCCAAUGGCUGUCGUUAAGUUGUGACCGGUACAAUUUGAGUAGAGAUACCUGCGAGGAAAUUGAUAAGCCUCAAUUUAUACAGGCGACACCAUCACCGAAAUAUGAUGUGGACCCCGCGUUACUGGCGGAUCCAAAUGAAGGCAGUAUCUGCAAUACUACAUGUCCUGCGGGCCCAGAAGGACCUCGUGGUGGUAAAGGAGAACAAGGACCAAGAGGAUACACUGGUAUACCGGGCAUACGCGGUGUUAAAGGUGAACCCGGGGUACCAGGUCUGUCUGGGUUGAAAGGAGACAGGGGCGAACCGGGGCCACCGGGCCCCAUCGUUAAUGCUUCAGGCCCAGGCUAUGUUGGACCACCAGGAGAACCUGGACGCCGUGGACUAAAGGGAGAGAAAGGAGACAGUGGUCAAAAAGGUGAAGCAGGAGACGUUGGGUUGGUUGGUCUCGCCGGCGUCCCGGGAACAGACGGGAAAGACGGUCUACCUGGGCCCCCGGGGCCCGUAGGACCACCUGGCACCCGAGGACUACCGGGUCCACCGGGGCCUGCUACCAACAUAAACGCUUCGCUGGUACAUGGUGCAAAAGGCGAGAAAGGCGCUCCGGGUCGCGAUGGCAGAGAUGGUUUCACAGGCCCACCUGGACCACCGGGACACGACGGGACUAUAGGCCCCCCUGGACCGCAAGGAUUCCCUGGUGCUAUUGGUAUGCCCGGCAACAUGGGCCCACCCGGCCUACCGGGUCCAUCGGGGAAAUCAGGGCUUGAUGGACAACCGGGGCCAGCAGGUCCACAGGGGUCACCGGGUCCCCCUGGACCUCCCGGUCGGCCGGGAUCCACUGAUUCAACGCCGAUAAUACCCAUACCUGGACCGCCGGGCCCCAUAGGGCCCAAAGGGGAGAGAGGUGAGCAAGGUUUCCCAGGGUUGCCUGGUCCAGCAGGACUGGAUGGGGUCCCUGGACAGAGAGGACUUCCUGGCCCUCCUGGAGUAUCAGCGCCACCCACUUUCGUAAGAGAGACUCCUUCAAUGUCUGAAGCUGAAGUAAGAAAUAUUUGUGAAGAUAUUGUAAAAGUGCGCCUCAAUGAAUUUGCUUCGAAUCAAAUAUUGUUGCCUCCGACGGUAUUAGGCAAGAGGGGCCAUCCAGGCCGGCCGGGUCCACCGGGGCCACCAGGAAUACCAGGCCUCUCAGGAGACCCAGGUCCCCGAGGGUACACUGGUGAAACAGGGGACCCGGGUAAACCUGGCAGCAUGGGCCCAUCUGGACAGAAAGGUGACAAAGGCGACAGGGGGCCAGAAGGCAUCGGCGUUCAGGGACCAGAAGGACCACGAGGGCAAAUUGGUCCAGUUGGCCCACCAGGUUAUCCAGGCAGAACCGGAGACAGAGGUGACCCAGGACGAGAAGGUCCAAUUGGUCCCCGCGGCCACCCAGGACUCCGUGGAACCUGCGAGUGUCCAAUGGCAUACUACGCUUACUCCCCACAAGGACUUAACAAAGGACCAUAA